ACGUGGUCGUGCGUGACACGAGAGUGCGCGAGUACGAGCGAACGAGAGAAUCUGAGAAACGGGGCAUGGAACGAUAGAUUUUUUUCGACUUGACGUGCGUGAGUCGUUUUCGGUUGCUAAAAUGAGCAGCCACGCGACGAUGGCGACGACGUCGACAAGGAUGUACCCGGUGCAACCGUUGGUCGUCCUACCCGCGAAGUUUCCGCACUCGAGUUCCAUGUACAAAAUGCGAAAUAUUCACGAAGACACGAUUGACACCCUGCCCUGUUGUCACGAUACCGCCAACACCACCGCCACCGAAGCCAAGAUGCCCGACGACGCCGUUGUCUCGCAGGUUAUCCGCCUUCUGCAGGCACCUUUACCAGAAUAUGGAUUAUUAGAAGCUAGACAAGAGAAAAUUCUUAACCAAUUGGCGGAACUCAAAAAGCAAGUCUCUACAUUAUGCCACUUCUUGAAACAGUCUAAUCAAAUGGAAGUGAAACAAUCUAAUCAAACAGAAGUGAAAGAUUCUGUAGAAGUCCAGAAAUCAGUCAUCAGCCACGUAGUAUUGAAUGUCAAUCCAAGGAAACCACCAUAUUCAAUACUGGCUUUACAGAAACUUUGGAAAGACAUCCAGUUUAAUGUAACAUUACAUACUCAUUCUACUAUGAAAGAUGAAAUACCUAUUAUUUUUCCUAAGCAGAUUUUUCCUUCUACAAAAGCCGCACAAUUUAUAACAUUAAUAUGGAAAGAUGUUCCGGACAUGGAGACAAUUGUAAAUACGUAUUCCUGUCCCAUAAGAGGUGAAGUCAAUUUUCUCAGAUUAAUGAGUAGAUUGAUAGAAUCGCAUAAUUACGAGAGCACAUGCUCACAACCACAAACAUUGGACUUCGCGCUUGACUUCACCAAUUUCUUACACAAUCAGAAAUGUAUAAAAGAUGGAUUGAUUACAUUAGCCAAUGAAUUUGAGAAAUGGUCUUGCAAGGGUGGAUUCAAUAUUGUAGACAUUGCAGUGUGGUCUCUAAUUAAACAAUUUCACGAAACCGAUUUACCGCCAGUUCUUCACGAGUGGUACAUACGAUGCGAAAGUUUUUUUACUAACGAUUAAUAAUUACGACAAAUAAAUUUCCUUUUUAUAAA